UUUCUAAAGCGUAAUAUGUCCAGCAGUGGUUGUAGUUUCAGUUACUUAUAGUUUGUCUUCAUGCAUUUUCACACGUGUUGGGCAGACAUGCUACUAACUGGCUUUUUUAAUGCAAAAAAAUUGAGGUGAACGUUAUUUUCAAGGAGGAUACCUAAAUUCCCAUCUUUAUCGUAUGCCUCAAACACGUCUGAAGAAGAGAAGGUUGCUCAUUAGUUAGCUGGUUAGCGACUGCGUAAAGAUGCAAUUGGCUUUAAGUAAAACGUUUGGACAGAAACCAGUGAAAUUUCAAUUAGAACAAGAUGGAGACUUUUACAUGGUUGGCUCAGAGGUUGGAAACUAUCUGCGUAUGUUCAGAGGCUCUCUGUAUAAAAGAUAUCCAUCUUUAUGGAGGAGACUGGCCUCAGUGGAGGAGAGGAAGAAAAUUGUAGCAUCAUCACAUGCCACCAGUGUUACUUUGCUGAAGGCAUCAGAAUGUGAAGAAAUCUUCGAGGGGAAUGAUGAGAAAUACAAGGCAGUGUCCAUCAGCACAGAGCCCCCAGCUUACCUCAGGGAGCAGAAAGCAAAGAGGAGCAGUCAGUGGGUCCCCACGCUGCCCAACAGCUCUCACCAUCUUGAUGCUGUGCCUUGCUCCACUACCAUAAACCGCAACCGAAUGGGCCGUGACAAGAAGAGGACCUUCCCCCUGUGCUUUGACGACCACGACCCUGCAGUGAUCCAUGAGAACGCAGCUCAGGUCGAGGCACUGGUUCCCAUUCGUCUAGACAUGGAGAUAGAUGGACAGAAACUGCGAGAUGCCUUCACAUGGAACAUGAAUGAGAAACUGAUGACCCCAGAGAUGUUUGCAGAGAUUUUAUGUGAUGACCUGGACCUGAAUCCUCUGGCCUUUGUUCCCGCUAUUGCCUCAGCCAUUCGUCAGCAGAUUGAAUCCUACCCCACUGACAGCAUACUGGAAGAGCAGGCAGACCAGAGAGUCAUCAUCAAGCUGAACAUCCACGUGGGAAACAUUUCUCUGGUGGACCAGUUUGAGUGGGACAUGUCAGAGAGAGAGAACUCGCCAGAGUCUUUUGCACUGAAGCUGUGCUCUGAGUUGGGUCUGGGCGGAGAGUUUGUCACCACUAUCGCCUACAGUAUUCGUGGUCAGCUCAGUUGGCACCAGAGGACCUAUGCCUUCAGUGAGAACCCACUCCCAACAGUAGAGAUUGCCAUCCGCAACACAGGUGAUGCAGACCAGUGGUGUCCCCUGCUGGAGACCCUCACAGAUGCUGAAAUGGAGAAGAAGAUCCGAGACCAAGAUAGGAACACAAGGCGUAUGAGACGACUGGCCAACACCGCUCCUUCCUGGUAGAAAGCUGCAUCGGAUGAUGUGUCCUCUGGAGACUCCUGUUACUCUGAAAUGAUCAAGUAAAUACACGCAGAGUUACAUAAACACACACACACACACAGGUCAUCCUUAAAGCAUCGAUGAAGCAUCUGGAUGUUCCUGUAAACAUGACUGCACUCACUGAAUGUGGUCAGUCUCCAUGGGCACCUCACUGAUUGAACACAACACAUACAUCCAGGCAUUCCGUAAUUAUGUUUCAUCUUGCCUUCAGCACAUUAGUCAUAGCAGCAGUUCAAAUGUAACCCAACAUCACUGUUUGGCAGUGGUUUUUAAUUGAAGGAGGUUGAUCUGAUGUCUGUUACCUAAAUUACUGUUACACACACACCAUACCAUGCAACAUUCACUCUACACAUGUCAACUCAAAACUCUUGGCAUUACAGAGCAAUGACUGAUUUUAAUGAUUCUGUAUGAAUACAGUAUGGACAGCAGUUAUAUGACAUCACUAGGGCAACUCUCCAGCAGUCAUUUUCAUAUCCUCAGACCUUUAUCACUCCUGUACUACAGGUCUGCGGGUUUCUCUGUCUGCCAGAGUCAAAACUCCAGUUGAAAUGACUGAAAUAUCUGUGACUGAGCAGUCGAAAUUAGAUCCUGUCCUUAUCGACGUUACUAUUGCACUAUAGGUGUUUUUGCAGCAGACAUUAUGAACACCUUGGAAAGAAAAGUCUUAUUGAUUCCCAAUACCAAUAUCAAUGGCUCUGGAUGGAAUGAAGUCAUUUGUAAUAUUAUUAAUACCUAUGCUUUUCCUGCUAUGACAAGUCAAAGGCCCCAUUUACACUUGUAAUUUUAAAUGUCUGAUAUUGAAGACACUUUAAAGGGAUAGUUCAGUUUUUUAAAGUGGGGUUGUAUAAGGCACUUAAAAAUAGUCAGUAUAUUACCUACAGCAGAUGUCAGUCGGCAUGCCCCCAGUUUGGAGAUGCAGGCUGGAGUCCGACAUGGAAACUAAGCAAAGUAUUGCUGUGGAGGGGUCAGCAACAAAACGUAUUUUAGCUACCUAAAAAAGAAUUCCAUAUCAAUAUAAGUGUACGCUAUAUUGAUAAUAUUUUCACUGUUUCAUGCUAAUGUCAGACAGUGAUUUUAAAUAAAAUUCAAUAAAUAAAGACAUGAUAUCGCUCUCUUCAAAGCCAGACUCCAUUGAGAGAACAGAGAUUUAACAUUGCUGAACAUAGAAGCUGCUGGUCUACCGCUGCCUCAAACAGUUAACUUGUUUGUGUAUUUGUGUGACUUUGGUGUUUAAAGGGCUUAGAUGGUUUCACCAAAGUCACAGUAAGUCAAACUAAGUAACUGAUCAAAGCAGCGGUAACCAGCAUCUUCUGUUGUCAGUGAGCUAAAAUUACUUUUUCGUCUAUGGAGUUUGGUGGCUUUGAGGAGAGCAAAGAUUGGGAACUAAAGCUGUUAAUGGCUUCCUGGUAAAAAAAAUACUGUUAAUAUAGAGUACACAUAAACUGAUAUUGAUUUUUUUUUUUAGGUGGGAACUUUUUGGGGGUGGUGGUUGAAAUACAUUUUGUUCCUGACCCCUCUACAGCAGUACAUUGCUUAGCUUCCCUGACUAUGAUUAUGAACAAGUAUCCCAAACAACCCCACCUCAGAAAAUUCAAACUAUCCCUUUAAUUUACUGAACACUGAGCCACAAAUUUUCCCUUGUUGGCCAGAUCACAAAUCUGACUACAAUCUAUGUUUGUUUUCCCAGCAGGGUCAGCAAUCCGCCAGUCCAGAAGUAGGUAGUAAUGUUUGGUAACUGUCAAAAACACCAGAAGAAGCAGAACUUCUGCACUUUAGCAGUUUAGUUAUAACAGUUUAGCUACAGUUAGCUAGCAGUUGUCCAUAAGCCAACACAAACAUAUAAAUGAAUGUAUUAACUACAAGCAAGAGAAUAGUUUUUGUCGUCCUCACCCACACAGAUCAGUGCUGUCUCUCCCACACAGAUCAUUUAGUGGUUGAACUGAUCAGAUAAACUCUACAGCAUCUCGGUGCACCCUGUAUUUUAUUGUAUGUGUAUAUAAAGCUGGAGAUGUUUUUCUUUGUUGCUUUAAUGAGAGAGAGAACAAUGGCUAAUGCUACCUUCAGCUGCUGUUAUCUCAAGAAUAGAGGAGGCAGAGCGUGGAUAUGUGAAGAAAAUCAGACAGUGAGCGGAUAUAUACACACACACACUACUUACUGACAUAGUUACAUUAUAGGAGGAGUCAAGAUGAGAGAGAUGGACGUAUUUGGACAUUUUCAACAUCUGGCUAGAAUGUGUGUCAAAGCUCUUCUGGAGGUGGUUUGAAUAAUCAGAUCUCCACCUGUCUCAAAUGCUUCUUCGAUGCAUUUAACACUUUUUUAUUUUAGAUUGUAACACUUUCUGAUCCACUCAAGACAUAUGAAGUGAACAAGUGUAAAUGGGCUCAAAGUGUCUGUUGGGAAAAACACCUAUUGUUCUUGAUGUUCCACAUGAGCAGAGGUUGGGAUUCCUGAGGCAGGAUGUCCUGUACAGCUCAAACAAUUAGUCAAUUGGUCAACUAUUUUAGCAACAGAAAAGUCAACCUAAAAUAUUUUGAUAAUCGAUAAAUCAUUUGAGUCAUUUUUCAAGCAAAAAUAGUGAAAAAGUGUCAUAGUUUUUCUGCUUCUAAAAUGAGAGGGUUUACUGCUCUUCUUUGUCAGAUAUCAGUGUGAGUUUGGUAUCUUUGGGUUUUUGUCGAACAAAAUAAGAUGUGAAGAUAUCACCAUGGGCUCUGAGAAGAUGGGCCUUUUUUUUUUUACUACUUUUGUUAUUAUUUUAUAGACUAUUUAAGUCAAACUGGCCCUGCACAUCAAACCUUUGUAGGGUGGGUAAAUGAUAACCCAGAAUUAGUACAAAAUACCCUUAUGUGAAGGGUUUGAACAGUUCUAAUGACUGAUAGUGAGAGUACCCAAACAGAUGAAGGAAAAAAAGUCUAAGCUGUCUUUGGGGUGGUGUGAAUUGGUAAGCAAACAAAAUCUCUUGUGCUGCCAGAAUCAUUUAAAAGAUGCAAUAAUCUUUGUCAGUAAAACCUACAUAGAGGGGCUUUAAUGAGUCACAUCAAAGUGUUUUAGCUACUUUGGUAUACUGAGGCUGAUGUUACUAUUUUUACAUGACUGAAAUAACCAGUGCGCAUGUGUAAAAUCAAACCACAACAAACCCUGCUAAUGUUUCUGCUGUGUGCUUCAGAGUCCUGCACAGUUCCAUUUAUGAAAACCUGCACCCGCACCUGUACCCACGGAUACCCGACCUGGUGCAGGACUCUGGUGUGCUGCUCAGACAGUUGCAGCUGCUCAGAGCUGUCGUGUGUUUGCAGCCAAUCGGAGAGUUGGUUUGAUUUUGGCAUGUAGACUCUGUGUUGUGAUCUUACUUACCGGUUCGGAUCGGUUAUGUGCACCAGUGUUCAUCUGCAUGCUAAAACAUAGAUAGCUCAUACUGUACCCUGUGCAUGAGGGACUGAUUGUUCCCAUUGUUACUUCUGUUUGCACCGUGCCUCACAUUGCAUCAGUGUCAGCAGACUGGAGCCUCCAUUUUACUGGGAAUGUUUUGGAGUUAUAGAGGGGGAAAAAAACACAAGCUGACAAGAACCAAUGGUGUCUUUUUAAAGUGAUGAUUUUCAACCUGAACAUACUCCAGAAAAUGAUGUUAAUGUAUGUACUGUCGCUUCUUGUUCUCUUCUUUUGUAAAAUUGCUUUACCUUUAUAGUGGACUUGCUUUUUAUAUGAAAAUCAACAAUAAAGAAAACUUCUUGGAAAUAUG